AACCAACGGCAACCGAAAUCCACAAAGACAAGAUUCACAGUGACGUCAGACCGAAAGCGUGUGUCUUCAGGAGGUUUGGUAGAGGUACCAAUCAUUCAAGCUCGCCGCCGAGGCGCAUGCCGGAGAAAGAGGGCCCGCGGACGCGUGAAUCGAGAAAGACAGCUCAGGGAAUACAACGAGCGACUCAUUGCUCAGAACGGGCAAGACGAAAUCAAAAGUCAGCUUCUGGAGCGGCAGAAUAAGUCCCGCUGGUUCUGGGAUGAGGAAUACUUAGCCAGCAAGCUGAAUUCAGGCGCGUGGGGCAUCCAGCGCAGCGACCAGACAGCCCCGGCUGCUUCCUUUGAUACCAAGAAUCCGUUAGUUCGGGAAUUUGGACAGCUUCAGGUUCUCGAUGACCUGAUCCGUUUGCGAGCGGCCGACAUUGUCCAACAUCCGAUCCUUGCCUAUCCCCGAUCAGCGAACCAUGCCGCGGCCUAUGACUACUAUAGCGGUCAAGCCUUGAAUGGCCUGAUCAAUCAAGCAGCGGCAAAGCUUAUGGACUUUGGCUUUCAGACGCCAAAGCAAACCAGAUCGAUUGUCGCCCUCCUCGCCUUGUCAGAUCUCGAUAUGGUAGUGACAUUGUUUGCGCUGAGCCGACUAGGUUACAUUGUCAUGAUGCUUUCGCCGAGACUGUCGGGCAAGGCGUGUGUGUCCUUGUUGGAGGCGGUGGGGUGUGAGACCAUUGUGUACGGAGAAACCCCCGGCAUUCGCACGACGGUGGGCGACAUUUUGCAACGGAGACUAGUCAGCUGCCAUUCACUACCUCGAUGCUCCUUGGACAAUAAAUCCGAAGCUAGCUUCUCCUUCCUUUGCCGCGAUCGCAACCCCGACACACCCGCUGUGAUCUUGCAUUCUUCAGGAUGCACUGGUCCCCCCAAACCGCUGUUUCUGACCCAUCGAGCGCUCAUGUCAUACCUUCUGGAGGGUCCUGGGCUCACGUCGUUCAGCCCUCUUCCCUGGCACCAUCUGCAUGGGCUCUCCACCGCAUUCCAAGCCAUGUGGAUGAGGAAGAUCGCGUACAUGUGGAAUGCCAUUCUGCCGAUGACAGCGGAGCGCGUGCUCACCGCCCUCAAAGAGGCGCGACCGGAGCUGAUAGCGGCAGUCCCAUAUAUGAUUCAGCUGUUGGUGGAUGAUCCCCGUGGCAUUGCGGCGCUGCAGAAUUGCACACUGGUCACUUACGGAGGUGCUGCCUGCCCUGACGAAUUGGGGGAUCGCCUGAUCAGAGAAGGUGUCAAUCUUGGGGGAUCAUUCGGCCUCACCGAGGCAGGUAUUGUGGCUGAUUCGAUCUCACGGCCCGAAGAUGAUCCCUGUUGGAACUACCUGCAGUUCUUUGACAGUGUUCGACCCUAUGUUUGGAUGAAACCCAUCAGCGAGACCGAAUCACUCUACGAAUGCGUUUACCUGGCCGGUCACCCGGCUUUGACCACAUCCAAUUCAGACGACCCGCCCGGCUCUUUCCACUCUAAGGAUCUUUUUGCUCCUCAUCCUACAAUCCCGGAGCGAUGGAAGUUUGUGGCGCGAUUGGACGACCGCAUUACCCUCAUCAAUGGCGAAAAAGUCCUGCCACUUUCUUUCGAAGGCUACGUCAACCAACAUCCGCUGGUCCAUGAAGCGGUGGUGGUGGGAGUGGGCAAAGCCACUCCCGGUCUUCUCAUCCUGCGCUCCGAGGAAGCUGGGACCCAUUAUCCGACUGGUGAAGACUACCUCAAUGCGGUCUGGCCGUCCAUUGAAGAAGCCAAUUGCCACACAGACGCCUCUGCUCAAAUCUCACGGGGCAUGGUGGCGAUUCUGCCAUACACCGCAAAUUUUCCCCGAACGGACAACGGGACUAUAGUCCGAGCACAGGUCUACCAGCAAUAUGCUGAGUUGAUCGAGACCUUGUACACCGCGGAAGCACGCGCCGAGGCGGGUCUCCAACUUGACCUGGCCUCGACGCAGUCUCACCUUCUUCGGCUGUGUUCGGAUAAAUUCGGCAUCUCCAUCUCGAGCGUGGAUGCCGACUUGUUUCCGGAAGGUAUCGAUAGCCAGAAGGCAACACAUCUCCGCCGCUUGAUUUUGCAGCAUUUCAGGUUCGACCCUUGUCACUCUCACAGUCAAAACUUGGUGUUUGAAAUGGGCACCAUAUCGCAGCUGGCCCAGUAUAUCUGUGCGUUGCAGAGCGGAGGUAUCAUAUCCACAGCCGAAGACACUGUUUCACUCAUGAACGACCUGAUUGAGAAAUACUCCCUGUUUCGGAAACAUCUGCCGUGUCCGGAAACCCCACGGAGAACAAAGAGCGUCCUGUUGACAGGAGCAACUGGCUCAGUGGGUGCACACGUGCUGUUUGAACUGCUGAACGAUGACUCGGUGUCGACCGUAUACUGUCUCACGCGGAAGUCAUCUCCGCUGAAGGCAGUACGCCGCAGCUUGUUCGAGAGGGGCCUGCUGCUCUCGCCGGAACAGACUUCAAAGGUUGUGGGUCUGAAUGGCUCACUGGAGCGGCCUGAUUUUCGCCUGGACCCAGUAGGGAGGAUCUUUCGUCAUAUGCAAGACUCGGUGUCUCUGAUCAUCCAUACCGCAUGGCCGGUCAACUUCAACCUCCCUCUCACCCACUUCGAGCCCCACAUCCGGGGACUCUACCAUCUCAUUGGGUUUUCGCUUACGGUUCGAAGACUCAAGCCUGCGGUCAUGUUGUUCUGCUCUUCCGCCUCUUCGGCGCUAGAUGCCUCCUCUGCCACGAUCCACGAGGAGCCCCUCGACCUCGACAGCGCGGUGAUGGGCUACGGCCAGUCCAAGUUAGUGGGAGAAAAGAUGAUCAGCCUUGCACGUCAGUCAGGAGCCAGGACAUAUUCUCUCAGAAUGGGCCAAGUCUCGGGACAUUCAAAGAAAGGACUAUGGAAAGAAUCCGGGGUAAUCCCUCUGAUGAUACGCUCGGCACUGACCCUGAGAGCCCUGCCUGAGCUACGCCAGGAGUGCUCGUGGUUCCCAGUGGACAAGUUGGCUUCAGUCAUGCUCGAGUUAGCUGAAUCGUGCUCUGCGCCUGACCGCGAUGUUGGACCAAACCGCGCGUCCGAGCCCUCUGGAGUGGUCCGUGUUGACGACUCGAUCUAUCACGUGUACAACUCGCGCGUGUUUUCUUGGUCUGAGCUGCUGGCGACCCUCAGACGAAACGGAUUCCAGUUUCAGACAGUGACGUUUGAAGAGUGGAUUCAGUUGCUCCGCGAAAGCGAGGCACGGGGUGAAGAGAAAAUUAACCCGGCCGUCAAACUGAUCCAUUACUAUGAGAUGAUAUUUGGUGUCGUGUCCCCCAUUAGGCAGAACGGGACGAGGGUGUUCGUGACGGACAAAGCUGAAAGAGACAGCGUGACUCUACGCAAUGGUUGCUUGAGUAUUGUCAAAGACGGAAUUUUGGACUGCUAUGCCAGAAAUUGGUAUAUGAGGUGGACGAACCUUUAA